AUGGCCGCAGCACAGCCGACACCGCCCGCCUUCGUCGGCCAGCGCCGCUCCUACGACGGCGCCCUCUGCACGGUGCGCUACAUUGGCGAGGUCGCCGGCACCGCGGGCGGCACCUGGCUCGGCGUCGAGUGGGACGACCCGACACGCGGCAAGCACGACGGCGUACACAAGGGCGUGCGCUACUUUGCAUGCAGCCAGCGGUCGCGGCCGCCGCCGGUCGUGCUGGUGGGCGACGUGCAGCACCCGGCGUUGGCGACAGGACCGCUGACGCCGGCGUCGUUUGUGCGGCCGACGCGACGGGCGGACGCGCCGCGGACGUUUUUGGAGGCCGUGCGCGCCAAGUACGCGUCCGAAGCGACGACGGACACAGACACGGCGGGCGGGGACGGCAAGACGGUGCUGGGCGGCGCGGUGCCGGGACGGCAGAUUGUCAUAUCCGGCAAGGUGGCCGAGGAGGUCGGGUUCGACAAGGUGCGGCGGCAGCUGGCACAGAUUGAGACGCUGCGGGUGGUGAUUUUGGACGGGCAGUGCGUGGUGUCGGAGGGCGAGGGAGAGGGGCCCAACCCCAACGCCGCCUCCCAAAUCCAGACGACAUGCCCCAGCAUCACGGAGCUCGACCUGAGCCGCAACCUGUUUACCGACUUUGCCACCGUCGCGGUAGUCUGCCGCGAGCUGCCCCGGCUGCGUGGACUGCGUGUGAACGGCAACCGCGUCACUGUGGCCGAGGGCCGCGCGUACGCCGGCUCGUUUGACGGUGUGCGCGAGCUGGCCGUCGAAGAGACGUAUUUGUCGUGGGCCGCGCUGGGGCACCUGACGGCCAAUUUCCCGCUGCUGGCGUCGCUGGCGGCCGGCUCGAACCAGCUGACGAAUCUGACGCCGGCUCUGCCGACGGCGUCGCUGGCCACGACGCUGACGACGCUCAACCUCGAGUUCAACGACUUCACGGCGCUGUCGGACCUGGCCAACCUGUCGGCGCUCGCCGCCUUGCGCAACCUGCAUCUCAAGGGAUGCCGGAUUGCGCAGGUUGCGGCCGACCCGGAACGGCCACCUGCGUUUGCCUUUUCGCCCACUCUGACGUACGUCGAUCUGUCGUACAAUCUCGUCACCUCGUGGGCCUUUGUCGACGCCCUGCCCGACGUCUUUCCGGGGAUGGUGUCCCUCCGCUUUGCCCACAAUCCCAUCUACAACAAUCCGAAUUUGGACGUGGCGUCUGCGGCGGCCAUGAUCCCCGCGGCGACGACAACAACGACGACAACAACGCCGGCCACCGGCGCAUCCGCAGGCACAGCCACGACGACCACCGCCUCCACGGAAGAGUCGUACAUGGUCGCCGUCGGGCGCCUUGCCCGCCUGCGCACCCUCAAUUUCAGCACCAUCUCCCCCACGGACCGCGCCAACGCCGAGAUGUUUUAUCUCUCGCGCAUCGCCAAGCAACUGGCUCUCGUGCCCGCCGACAGUGCCGCCGAGGCCGCCGUAAUUGCGCGACACCGGCGGUAUGCCGAGCUGUGCGAGCUGUACGGCGAGCCAACCGUGGUGCGGCACGCGGAGAUCAACCCGGCGUUUUUGGAGGCCCGGCUCGUGCAGGUUCUGUUUGCCCUCGACAAAGAAGGCGAGGAGAGGAAGGCAGCCAUCCCCAAAUCGUUUGACAUGUAUGCGGUCAAGGGUCUGGCCGGACGGCUGUUUGGGCUGUCGCCGCAAAAACUGCGACUGGUAUGGGAGACGGGCGAGUGGGAUCCCGUGGCCGGCAUAGAUGAGGAAGACGAGGACGAGGACGAGGAGGACGACAAGGAGGAAGAAGGUCGAGCGAGGGAAGGAGGAGACAAAGCGAAAGAAGUGGUGGUAGAAAACAAGAAUGCUCCUGCCGACGCCGACGCCGAUGCUGACGCCAAUCUGACGGGUCGCUGGGUCAAGCGUGAGGUGGAACUCAAAGACAGCCCGCGGCAGUUUGGCUUCUGUGUCGACGGCAUGGAGGCGCGGAUACGAGUCGAAGUGAGGUGA